AUGGUGCAAGGCGGAUAUGGUGGUGUCCUCGACACCCCAAGGACCAACAUUGGAGAUGCUACCUACCUCAGCCGCGGGCCAGACUUUGCCGACAUUUCUCAAGAAGCUUCCUUCCACUCGCCACAAAAGGACAGCGGCAAUAUACUGCAGCAGCUUCGGAACCAACGAUCCAACGGCCACGGCAGCGGCGUCAGCCUCAGAACACCCCGCCGCGAUCCUCUGACAGACCGAAACAACCUGCCGCCCAGCAUAGGCGGCGCCGAAUUCACACCACUGCUCAAGUCGGCUACGAGAAAUAGCGCUCGCCGUCGUGGAGGCAAGGAGAAUGGCACCAUGAGCCUCUCUCCCAACCUGAGCCGCAUCGACGAGAACGACCUGACGCCAGUGCCGCGAAUGGAUGCUUCCAUGUACUCAGCAUCCCGAAACCAAUCAUAUCUCGACCACACAAUUCCACAGAUCGACAGUAGUAGUGUUACGUCGACCCCUCUUGCGAUGGCGACAAGGCGCGGUGGCGACAAGGGCCCAUUGCAAGACGGCAAUCAGCUUUCGCUUCGAGAACAAGAAAAUGUCAUAGACAAGAUUGAAAAGGAAAACUUCGGUCUAAAGCUCAAGAUUCAUUUUCUCGAGGAAGCCCUUCGUAAAGCUGGUCCUGGCUUUCACGAAGCGGCCCUCAAAGAAAAUACCGAGCUGAAAGUUGACAAGGCCACCAUGCAAAGAGAAGCCCAUCGUUUCAAAAAAAAUCUCAUUACGGCGGAGCGAGAGCUGGAAACUUGUCGCCAGCAAAUACAAGACCUCCAGAGCAGAGUGUCGCACACCGGGCAAGAUGAUGGUCUCCGCGCCGAAAUGCAAGCCUUGCGAAGACAACUAGACGAAAAGGAAGAAGACAUUCGUAACUUGAAUCGUCAGCUCGCUGCGGGUCAGGACAAUCAAGAGCAGCUGGAGAAGCUCCAAGAUACUAUCGAGGAUCUAGAAGCGGACCUUCGGGAUAAAGAUCGCCAACUAACAGAGCGAGAAGACGAAGCCGAAGACUUCAAAGACAAGAUUGAAGACGCUCAAGCAAGAGUCAGGGAAGCAGAGAAGAGGGCGCAGGAAGCCGAGGAAAAUGGACAGGACAGCGAUGAGCUGGACGAAGCCAAAGAAACGAUUCAAGACCUGGAACAGAACAUUCGUCGUUUGGAGGAGCAGGUUGACGAACUCAACCAGAAACUUGAAGCAGCCGCCACAGAGAAAGAUCGAGCCGAGCAAGACUUGGAAGAACUGCAGGAAGAAAUGGCCAACAAGUCUGUUGUGACCAAAGGCCUUUCUCGCCAGAUAGACGAGAGAGUUACCAGAUUACAGGACGAACUUGACAAGGCCGGUGAGGACUACGCUUCACUGGAAAAGGAAUACACAGAGGCCAAUGGCGAAAUCGAUGAGCUCAAGGCCAAGGUCGACCAGCUGGAACAUGAACAAGCAACCAUGCGACAAGGAAAUCCAGAAUCAGAGGCCAGAAUCUUAGAGCUCGAGGCGGAGCUCCAAGCCCAAAUAGACGAAAAGGACCUCAUUCAAACGCGACAUGAUACCCUGACUGCAGAGUCAACAACGCUGCAGCGAGACGUUCAGCGUCUGCAAAUGGAGGUCGAGGAUCUCGAAAGCAGCGUCGCGAAGGAGAGAGACUACGCCGUUGAAAUCGAAAAGGACCUCCGCGCACAGUAUCAGGAUGAACUAGGACGGCUGAACGAUGAUAUUUCAGAUCUAGAGGCUGAGAUACGCGAAAAGGAUAAUAUAUACGACAAUGACAGCGAGAAAUGGGAGACGGAGAAGCAAACCUUGGAGGCAGAGCGGAAUCGUGCAGAGGAAAAGGCAAAUGGUCUUCAGAGAAUAAUCGAUCGCCUGCGGGAGGCGGAAGGAUCUCUAUCAGACCGAGGCUCUAAACUACAGGAUGGCCUCAAGAUGGAGGAAGAGCGUCAUCGAAGCGAAGAGGCACUCAUGACAAGACAAAUCGACGAUCUUCAGGAUGCUCUGGAGACGCGCCAGAAGAUGUUGACUGAUCUCCGAAGCGAGCUUUCUACCGUCCGUGAUGACCUGAGACAAGCGCAGGUCGACUACCGAACACAAGAAAACAAGGUGAUUUCUCUGGAAGAUCAAGUUGAGGCGCUGCGCAAUAGGCCAGCCGUGACUACGCCAGCUCGUCGUGAGGGCGAGGCUCUAAAGCGUGAGUGUGAGAGUCUGCGUGAGCAGCUGCGGACACUACGCUUGAGCACUGAAGGAUCUCGCGGUGCUGCCGAAGGCACUCCCAUACGUGGAUCACAAACGCCCACUCGCCUCAAAUGGCAGCUUACAGAUGCCAACACCAAGCUUGAGAAGGUGUCUUUGGACAAGAGGUCCGUCGAAGACAACUUGGCCUCGAUUCGGGCUGAACUGCGCAGUACCCAGACCUCGCUGGCCGAGGUUAGUGCUGAGCGUGAUGAGUUGGACAGCCAGCUGCGCCGCACCAAGCUUCACGACAACGACACCCUCCGCGUGGAUCAAGAACGUCUCGACCUGCGCACCGCUAAGCUGAAGCUCGACGGGGAAGUCCGUCGCCUACGUGACGAGAACAAGGGUCUUGCAGAACAGCGGGCGUCUGUCGAAAAGUCUCUGGAAAGCGAGAUUGAAAAGGCCACGGCCGAAGAGGAACGGCUGAAUCAGGAGAUCAUGCAGCUCCAGGCUAAGCUGCGACAGGCGUCCUCGGCGGAGACGACGGACAACUCGACGACCCGCCGGACCAUUCGCGAUUUGGAGCGGCGCGUCGACGAGUACCAAGCGGAGCUGGCCUCGGCGCAAGCCCUCCUCGACGGCGACGGCGGCAGCAGCGAAGUUUCCAUUAUCCGGCGGGACCUGACGAGCGCGCGCCAAAAAGAGGUGGAGUUUUUGCAGCGCGAGGCGACCAGUAAAGACGUCAUCAAGGGUCUGCGGCGCGAAAUCGCGGACCUCGAGAGCAAACUCCACGACAACGAGGUUUUGCGUAUGAUGGGGUCGCCCAACAGCAGCAGCCAGAUGGCGAAUGCGACGUAUGGCGGGUCGCACGUCGUGGCAGAGGAGCUGCAGCAGGAGCUCGACGACGCCGAGGACCAGCGCGUGGUGCUGGAAGAGUUCCUCGAAGAGGCCCGACAGCAGGCCGAGGAGAUGGCUGCCGAGUACGCGCAGUCCCUGCAGCGUCUGCAGCACCAGCUCGACAAGGCCCUCCGCGACCGCGAGACGGCCGUCGCCGCCGCCACCGCCGCCACCGCCGCUGCCACCGCUACCACCGCUACCACCGCUAGCCCGUCCAAGAACCGCCGCAGCAAAGAGGCGCGUCACCUGCAGAAGACACAAGCCGAAAUUGACAACCUAGAACACGACGUGCGGCAGCAGCAGGCGCUCAUCGAGAGCCUCGUGGCGUCCGAAGUGGCGCUCCGGCGAAAAUUGGAGCGAACACGCAGCGAGCGCGCCGCGUACCGCGUGAGCGCGGAGAAGCUGCGCCGCGACGUGGUCGCCCUGCAGCGCGGUGCCGGGCUCGCCGAGGCAGAGACGGCGCUGGCGACGGUGGUCCGGGCGGCGGACGCUGCGCAGGAUCGACAUCGCAAGGAGGUCGGCGGGCUGGUGACGCAGAUGGACUGGAUGCAGGCGCGGUGGGAGCGCGAGGCGAUGAUGCGCACCGACGCGGCGUAUGCCAAGAAGUUUAUCCAGCUGCAGCUGGACAUUUCCAGCGCCUGCAACAAGGCGCAACUGCGCGAACUCGAGCACAUUCGCACCAACCUUCUGCAUUCCCGCAAACCCUUGCAGCUCCUCCCGUCUUCCUCCCCCGAAGAGAGGCAAAAACCUACGCUCCGCACGUUUCUCGUGCUGGCGCGGUUCGUGGCGCGCAUGCGUCUGGCGGCGCGCAAAUGGGCGGCGCAGGAACGGGUCCGGCGGAAACUGGUGGCUGCGACGGACGAGAGGCGCAAAGCGAAGCGUGUCAGGGGUCUGCGAGUCGUGAGGGUGGAUGAAGAUAAUGCGGCUGCGUGA